AAGGCCACACUCCCUCACUAUCCAAAACGCAAGGAGUCCACAGUCUGCAGUUGUGCACCCAAUGGCCGAGCGCGUCGUUCUCACGUCAGCAAUGGCAACUGCUUCCAUGGCCUCUCUCACCGCCGCCACCUCUCGCCUCCUCCCGUCCGCCUCUAUCGCAGUCGCCACUCCCACCACCGCUUCUUUAUCGCUAAAAUGCUUCCGAUCCUCACUUUUUCUCUCUACGGUCUCCCUCUCUCAGAAGAGAGCGGCGGUUCCACGGUUGAGCCGAAGCUUUGGCUCGGUGGUGUCGCCGAAAUGCUUCGCUUCGAAUCCCGAUCAACUGAGGAGUGCGAAAGAGGACAUCAAAGAGCUACUUAAGACUACAUUUUGCCAUCCUAUUAUGGUGCGCUUGGGUUGGCAUGAUGCUGGUACUUAUAACAAAAAUAUUGAGGAAUGGCCAAUAAGAGGGGGAGCUAAUGGAAGUUUAAGAUUUGAGAUUGAACUGAAACAUGCAGCAAAUGCUGGUCUGGUAAAUGCACUUAAACUUCUACAGCCAAUCAAGGACAAGUAUUCUGGUGUGACUUAUGCAGAUUUGUUUCAGUUGGCUAGUGCUACUGCUAUUGAGGAGGCUGGGGGCCCCAAAAUUCCAAUGAAAUAUGGAAGAGAAGAUGUCUCUACACCUGAACAAUGCCCAGAAGAAGGGAGGCUUCCUGAUGCUGGUCCUCCUUCCCCUGCUGGUCAUUUACGUGAUGUCUUCUACAGAAUGGGACUGAAUGAUAAGGAAAUUGUUGCACUUUCUGGUGCACACACAUUGGGACGUUCUAGGCCAGAGCGCAGUGGCUGGGGAAAGCCAGAAACAAAAUACACCAAAGAUGGGCCAGGUGCCCCUGGAGGUCAAUCAUGGACUGUGAAGUGGCUGAAGUUUGACAACUCUUACUUUAAGGAUAUAAAAGCAAAAAGGGAUGAAGACCUCCUAGUUUUGCCCACAGAUGCUGUUCUUUUCGAAGAUCAAUCCUUUAAGGAAUAUGCUGAGAAAUAUGCUGAAGACCAAGAUGCAUUUUUUAAAGAUUAUGCAGAAGCCCAUGCCAAACUCAGCAAUCUUGGAGCAAAAUUUGAUCCUCCUGAGGGUUUUUCAAUUGAUAGUAAUCCCACAGAAGCUCAACCAGAGAAAUUUGUAGCAGCAAAAUACUCAUCUGGAAAGAGGGAGCUGUCAGAUGCCAUGAAGCAAAAGAUUCGUGCAGAAUAUGAAGGUCUUGGGGGAAGCCCAGAUAAGCCUCUUCCAACAAACUAUUUUCUCAAUAUCAUGAUUGUAAUUGGUGUUUUGGCACUUUUAACAUCUUUGCUUGGAAACUAAUAAUCCCAACAUGCGGCCUUUAAAUACUGUAUAGUGUCAUUGUACACUAACCCUUCAUAUUUUACCAAGUAAUUGAGUUUUGGAAAAGGUAAGUAACGUUUUGUGGAAAAUAUAAAUGAUUUUUGUUUA